AUGCAGUCUGAUGCUGCAUCAACUACUGCUGCACAAGCUGCAGAGAACAAAAAUGAAUGCACUACAUGCCUGGUCAGGAAUACUGCCAACAUGGCUGCAGCGCGAGCUUCCCACACCUUAGAACAGAGAUAUACUAUGCAGCAGACUUCUGUUCAACAAAGAGCUAAUAGACGAGGAUUUUCAAUGCCAUGCAGAUUACGAUGGUCAUUAAAGGCUUUUGACUACAACCCUAAGCUUCAUUUUGAUUGCCACCCAGAUUUGAACAUUGGAGAUAUGCCCAUCACUUGCUCUUUCUGCAAUGCUAAGAAGUGCUCAAGAGAAAGUCCUACUAUGUGUUGCGCUAAUGGAAAAGUUAACCCCACUCCGCUACAGGAUCCACCACAGCUGUUGAGGUCAAUCUAUGCUGGCACAACUACAGAGUCCAAACAUUUCCUCAAUAACAUCCGGAAGUAUAAUUGUGCAUUCCAAAUGACAUCUUUCAGCGCUAAUGUUGUUCAAGAAGGUGGGUUUGUGCCUACUUUCAAAGUGCAGGGACAGAUUUACCAUAGGAUAGGAUCGCUCAAACCUGCUGAAAAUCAAGAUCCUCAAUUUCUUCAACUGUACUUUGUAGGCAAUUUACAUGAACAAGCCAACUGA